AGGUGGGGACAUCGGUGGAGGCCACACCUACACUUGAGCACAUCUGAGCAGCACCUGGGCAGGGAGCUGAGAGCGUCUCCACCCCAGAACCUGUGGUGGCUGAAACCCCCAGAACAUGGACCGAGUGACCAGAUACCCCAUCUUCAGCAUCCCCCACUCGCCAGGCAUGGCGGGCCUGGCUCUCAAUGGGGACACGGGUUACACAUACCAGCUGGUGCAUGUGGAACCCUCGGCCAGCGACUGGGGCCAGGACCAGACUGUAGGGUGGGGAGGUGACCGCAAGGCCCAGCCGGGCGUGCUGAGGGCCGGGGCGUCCUGCAGCCUGCGCCCCUGCCUCAGCCAGCCGUCCCUGCAGCCCGAGGACGAUGAGGAUGAGGAGAUGAAGGCCUACCACCUGGACACCAGGGACGCCCUGCUCAGGCGGCCGCCGGACCUGGAGCGAGAGCGCUGGGCGGUCAUCCAGGGCCAAGCGGUGAGGAAGAGCGGCACGGUGGCCACGCUGCAUGGCACCCCUGACCACGGGGGCCCCAGGACCCCUGCACGACCUCAGUUCGUCCCCCUGGAGGAAAAUGUGGUCGACAGGGAGCAGAUCAACUUCCUGGCAGCGAGGCAGCAGUUCCUGAGCCUGGAGCAAGCAAAUGCCAGGGCCCCUCAGACCCCGCCAGCCAGGGCGGCACCGGAGUGUGCCCCACCCAGGGUCAGCCCGGCCCCCAAGGCCUCCAACAAACCGCUCCUCGCCAAUGGCUACGCCGUCUCGGUCAAGCCCCAGGUGAAGGAGGUGGUCAUGGAAGAGAAGAGGGUCCGCGGUUUGCCCACGGGGCCCGGUGUCCAGGCCAUGGAAGACCCUGGUGCCCGGUCCCCAGCGGAGUCCCCGGGGGCCCCCAAGGAGACGCCCAUUGAGCGGGAGAUCCGGCUGGCCCAGGAGCGCGAGGCAGCGCUGCGGGAGCAGCGGGGGCUGCGGCGGGCCGUGGGGCGCCAGGAGCUGGUGGAGAUCCCCACGCGGCCCCUGCUGACCACGCUGAGCCUGCCGGCGGCCCCGCGGCGGGACCGGGGGCGCCCUUCGCUCUACGUGCAGCGUGACCUGGCGCAGGAGACGCAGCGCGAGGAGGACCACCGGCGGGAGGGCCUGCAGGGGGGCUGGGUGUCCAAGCCCGAGUGCAAAUCGGGGGCCCCCCAGCCUGGACUCCGGAGAGCACUGAGCUCAGACUCCAUCCUUGGCCUGGCCCCAGACCCCACCCGUGCGGCCGACCCCGCUCCAGAGCUGAGGAAGGUGAACCGCAUCCCCCCUGACGCCUACCAGCCAUACCUGGGCCCUGGGAGCCCCCAGCAGCCGUUCCCAGCCUUCCGCGCACCCGGCAAGCCGAGCAGUCUCCCCGCAGACGAGGCCAAGGCCGUGGCCUUGCCGAAGGCCGCGGGGUCUCAGAGGCAUCUCUCGGAAUCCUCCAGGAAACCCCCGGGCACAAAGCGGGAGUCCUGGAGGCCCUCCGGGGGACCCCCACCAGCCAGCAGGGGUGUCGUGCGGUGGGAGUACUUCCGCCUGCGUCCCCUGCGGUUCAGGGUCCCAGAUGUGCCGCAGAAGGCUGAGACCCCCCGAAUCUGGGGCUGGGAAGUGGCCGGGGCCCCAGCUCUGAGGCUGCAAAGGUCCCAGUCCUCUGAGCUGCUGGAGCGGGAGGUGGAGAGCGUCCUGAGGCGGGAGCAGGAGGUGGCGGAGGAGCGGCGCAACGCUCUCUUCCCGGAGGUCUUCUCCCCGCAGCAGCCCGACUGGGACCAGGACUCCAGGAGCUCCUCCCGGGCGUCGGGCACCACAGGUAGUUACUCAGUGUCCGAGUCACACUUCUUCACCCCCAUCCACCUGCACUCGGGCCUGGUGUGGACGGCAGAGGCCCCUGCGGAGGCUACUCCUGGGCAGAGAAAGAAGAAGGAGCAGUGGUAUGCCGGCAUCAACCCCUUGGACGACGUCAACUCGGAGGUCCUGGAAGCCACGAGGGUGACCCGCCACAAGAACGCCAAGGCUGAACGCUGGGAAGCCGGUGUCUAUGCCAGUGAGGACGAGGACUGAGUCUGAAGACGGGGCACCUUGACCCUCUGGGAACUGCCAAGACUAUCCCCUAGUCCCCCACUUUAGGAAACAGGCCCCCUUUAAACCCACAAUCCGAGGACCACAAGUGACACGCCCACCAUCCCGAGGGUGGGUGUGCCCCCUGACUCGAGGGCUCUCUUUUCUGAUUUUAUUUUCCUAGAGAAAUCGUUCUGCUUUUUCUGGGUCUAAAGCCGGGGAUAAAACGGGACCUCUGUCGAUUCUUCCUGCUUCUAGGACUUUGCCAAACGCUCUUGGUCCAAGAAGAAAGGAGACCAGCUCCCCUCCCCCACCCCAGUUGUCAUUGUUCCCACUCGUCUGAGGGCAGAGAGGCUGGGUGGGGGAAGGCAUGGGUCCUGGCACCUUGAGGAGCUGCAGGUCUGAGAGGCACACUCGGCCCCCCUCUAAGUCCCAAUCUGAGAAGGGGGACGUGCCCCCACUCCACCCCUGGGAAACCGUCCAGUCUGAGGAAGGAAACCUGAGUGUCCAACCGGAGGGCUCCGCACUGCCCUGCCGUCCCCGCCGCAGCGCACGGCAAAGCCCUGGGGACGGCACAUGACCUGCAGAAAAAGGGCUUGAUUUGUGGGCUCCUAGGGGUUCUUGUGUUCCCCCCAAACUGCUUGUCCACAUCCACCAUGAAAUAAACCCUCCGCCCUCUGGUUCAUUCCUCUUGGUGACACUCACUGCUCCC